AAUUUGACGAUUUUUUCCCCCGUUCAACUGUUUCAAAACCAACGUCGUUUAACUAUUCCAGAGAUAUCGAUAUAAUUCUCACAAUCCGAUAUUCCUACGUCAAAGGAGAUUUGUGGAACGAAUUUAAUGCAUCAAGGUUUGGUGUUCGAGUGAUCAAUUCUGUAGUCAGAGUAGUAAGGGAUAAUUGGGGGCAUGUGAUAGCGGAAAAUUACCAUCAAUGAUAAAUCACACCAAAAAGGACAAUCUUCCAUGUUCUCUGGCAGACACCGUAGAGAACCGGAAAUAUUUUCAGACUAUAAUUCUCUUCCGGAAAAUCCUACUUUCACUGUCUGUGGUGCAUCUGCCUCACAAAUAUUCAGAAAAACAAACCUUUUCGAUACCACAGACGGAAACAUCAACGAUAGAAUCAAUUGAACCAGAAAGGUAUAGUGGCAGAUGAGGUAACUAAAACCUCCCACCAGGUAGGCUCUUUACUGCCAUUUCGGAUCGACUUUUCGUAAAGUUGGUACGGAGGUGCGCCUUCUGAUGGUAUCUAUCGUGAUUUCCGCGUGGUAAACAAGUGAGUCAGUUUGGCCAUGGGGCUAGGUAAACGUCUGGUCGUUUAUUGCACCCGAUGAUAAUGUGUAAAGCACAACAAAUCAAUUUUACCUGAACUGCAGAAGUGGAUGUAUUAUCUUUAUCGACGCUCAAUAUGUUGUGAUCUACUACGUCCACAGCGAUACUCUGGUUAGUAAUGCACACGGGUUCCUUCAAUACCUGAUAUAAAAAUAAAAGUAUUGGUCUUCAUCAUGCUCAUUUUGUGAAGGGCACAUUCUGAUACGAUUGUGAUUAGCAGAUUGUCGACGACAAUGACACAAUGCAUGACCAGGAGAUAAUUUUAUUCGCACAAGUUGAAGUUUUGCAUCGCCGGAAAACAUUGGGUUUUUACUAACGUAUAAUCAUAUGGAUGUUUUACCAUCUUCAAAGAAGACACCAACCGUGACAGAGUACCAACUACCAACAAAUAAUAACGGUCACCUUACGAUUUCGUUUUCAUGUAUGGAGACCUAAUCUACAUGACCUAUCAGUUCAAGAGCCGUUUCUACUAGAAUUUCAUUCUAACCAGGCCAAAGGCCAAACUGUCCAGACAAAAUGACGCAAGGCGAUCGUUCACCAUGUUUUCUUGGGAAUUGGAUAUUAGGUGUUACACAUCACAACGUCUGUCCCAUCCUCGUCAGCGUAUUUCUGUUUAUAUCGGCGACAUCGUCAUCGCCUGCGAGUUUUAGUUCGUCAUCGAAUUCCGAACCAAUGCUGGAUGGCAUCCAAGAAUUAAACAUCAAUCAACGAUCGAACCCCCCGACGAGGUCCGGCAUCGAUCUGGUGCCCUCGACGACAAUGAUGUCGAACACCGACGUCGAAUGCGGGUGCGACGCCCUGCAGAAGAUAAUCAAGGAGGUGAAAGAGACGAAAGGGGUGUGCAUCGACACCGCUUUGGCUGUCGAUCUCCAUGUUAAGACGGUUGGCGAGCUCCAAUUAGCCGUCGACGGACUGUCGAGUAUGCGGGAGACCAAUCAUGCCGAUACCAUGGAUACGUAUGAAGCACCUACGUCACCUAACACAGACACUGCGUCGUCAUCAUCAUCAGACGAUGAACCGUUAACUCCAUCGUCGUCCUCAUCAUCAUCCAUCGAAGACGUCGUCCUCGCUUCAACAGACGAGGACAACGAGCAUGGCCAUGAGGAGCCGGGUAUCGAGACACCUCCCUCAAUCCUGAAAGGGGUCCAGCUGGUUAUAAUGGAACCACCUGAUGUGAUCCCGCGAGAUUGUCUUGAAGUGCAGCAACAAGUGGGUAACGUCUCUGGGGUCUAUACCAUACUUCCAGACGGGUGCGGACAGCCUUUCCAGGUGUUCUGUGACAUGGUUACUGCUGGGGGAGGGUGGACGGUCAUCCAACGUCGAUUGAAUGGUGAGACCAGUUUCGCUCGCCUGUGGGGUGCAUACCGAAGAGGAUUCGGCAAUCUCCUCAAAGAAUUCUGGAUGGGACUAGACAAAAUGAGUCGACUGACAUCGCAGGACGACUACGAACUCCGGAUCGAUCUCCAAGAUUUUAACGGGACAAAGGCGACGGCGGAGUAUGAGAGCUUUGUGAUCAGUGAUUACAGAAGUAACUAUCGGCUCCUCGUUGGCUCAUUCAAGGCGAACGGCUCCGCAGGUGAUUCUUUGAGCUACCACAAUCACAUGCCUUUUACGACGACCGAUCGGGACAACGAUCUUGCCAAGAAGAACUGUGCCGAACUCUACUCCGAAGGCGGCUGGUGGUACAACGGCUGUCUCUACUGUAACCUCAACGGGAUAUACCUCGGGCCUGACAAUGACGAUUUUGCCACUGGGGUUACGUGGUACGAGUUAUCUGGCUUCAGGAGCUCUUUGAAAUUCUCAGAGAUGAAAGUGAGACCGGUUCCGUAAAGAGGUGGGUGUCCUGCGUGGAAUUAUACAAUGUGUGGCCAGUCACACAACCGGCGUUUCGUGAUGCGAGUUCGCUGGUUUCAGACACUAUUUGAAGUUCGUCGAGUUGAUAGUGAGACCUGAUCCGAAAACAUGGUGAGGCAGAGCCUUUCCUGCAUGAAGUGGCACCUGAACAUUAUCAUCAGAUGAAGCUUCCGGGUUUUAGACCACAGUUAACACAAAUUAGCUAACCCUCUCUAAGGUUUGUGAAGUAAGUAUUUAUAUAGUCAUUACGUUCCUGUGCUAAUUUCGACGUGGAAGGAUUCAUCUAUCGAUAGAGAUGCCCACUAUUUGCGAUUGAGUUCACUGGAAAUCAAGGAGCAGGACAUCAACCUUUUCAAUAGUGGACUCGUUGUAGUUACCAUCUUGGACUGCUUGUGCGCGGAUAAAUGCGACUUCAGCAGUUCAAAAACAAUAUCCACGUCGAGAAACUUGAACAUAGUACGUGGCUGUAACCACAACGUAACGUUGCCCUUUCAACAUGAUAACACAGACUUUGCAGAUGACAUUUUAAACUUAAUGAAUUGAAUGCUAUCUCGUGAAUAUUGUAUGAAUGAUUUUCGAGGUCCUCUUGCAGCCUGUGCUGAAUUGUACAAAUCAUUUAUAGUUGAAAUUUAAAUAUGAAUCAAGCGAAAUUCAAUAUUAGAUAAUACUACAAGACGUUGAUGAAAACAUGAGUUUUGUCAUUGUAAUCACCGAUAAACCUGCAUUUAGAUAAGUAAACGGAUCGAUGAUUUAAAUGAUCCGAAUGCUGUGUCAAGUGCAACCGGUUUCAAAAUGAAGUGAAAACAAAAACAGAAAACAAGUUAAAUAAUCCCUGCAGAGUUAUGAAUUACUGAUAUGUACUUUUCUUAUUUUAAUCGAAUAUGGGCCAACAGAUGAGUUUCAGUCCAAACGCAUUUUCGUCUGGCCAUUCAAGGACAUUUUACGUAGGCGUCUGUCUGUCACAUGUGUAAUGAGACUCGCAGAUAUAUAAAUGCCAGCUUGGUCUAAUCACAAUUUUUUUCUUUUUCGAUUUGUCUCCUUCAACCUUGGCGUAAUUACAAUUCGUCAAACACCAGGUUGUUUGCUUGUUUUCUUUUUAUUUCUGCGUUCACAAUACAUUAUCAAAAAUAUUUACACUGUUUGCGAUAUACAAAAUAAUCCAUUAUGUAUACAAUAUAAACAUAAUACAUAAUUAGAAACAAUGGUGUGGGCAUAUACUUCACAUUUUAACAAUAAUAAAAAGGAACAUUGACAAAUGAACGCAGGAGACCGCCAUUUGGUCCAUAUCUAGUUAGAGACCACCAAUUGGUCCAUAUCUAGUUAGUUAGUGAUAUUAACUUUCAAUAAAUAUACAUGUACUUGGUCGUUAUCAAGUCCGAGACCACUUUUAUCUAAUCAUGUCAUGUAUAUCCAUGAUCAAAAUGCCCUGUCUUUUUUUUUCUCUCGAUGAUUAUGAGUCCAUUUCCUACUAUAGUCUGGUCGUUCCCCUACCAAGUCUAUGGAUGUCAGAUUACUGAGGGUAAUUAAAAAAAGUCAAUAAGCUGACUUAACAACAA